AUGAGAUCUUCAGAGAUGAAGUAUAUUUUAGUUUCUUCUCCACAGACUUGCAACAUGAAUAAAAAAGAUUUUCCCCAAAGAAUAUUCAUGCAACCGGAUUUCCAUCCUGCGAACUGGAAAAGGCCACCUGUAAGUGAAGAGGGCUUUCCCUCCAGCCUGCAUGACUCCCAAGAGUCUGAUUCCAAAAGCCUUGUUCGGGAGAGAGAGCAUCAGCUACAACUGCAGCAGCGGAUCUCUGAAAAUGAAGAGCUGGUAGAACUGUACUCUGAUGACAGCUUAGAAGAAGAUAGCUUGGAGGAGAUGAGUUUAAAAGGACAAGAAGAAGCUGAGUAUGACACAAAUCGACAUACAAAUGGAAUACAACAGAAUGAUGGUAAUGGAAGGAAACAACAGUCUGUGGACAAAUAUUUCGGCCUAAGAUACAAUCCUAACUGGAGGAACACAGAAGAGGUCACAGAAUUUUUUGAGGCAGAAAAAUCAUGUCAAGUUGCUGGAGGAAGCAGUGUGAACUUCUCACAAGAUUCGUUUUACCUCCAUCUCAGUGGCCCCCCAGGAGAAAAGAAUCACCAGGAGGCAAAGUCACAAGGUUCAUCCUCAGACUUUGGUGCAGAAUUAAUAAGCUUUCAUGAACCAAAUGCCGUGGUCAGUAAUGAACCUUCUAGGCUACAUACCAAAAGGAAGGAAUCUGCAGAUGCCCGUCAUUUCAAAGAUAGCCCCAAUACACAGGGCCGUGCUUUUUCUCGUCAGAUUCAAGAAGAUCGACCACAAAGAGCAAAAACAGACUUUGUGAAAAAAAAUAAACGGACCUUAGGAUUACAUUCAGAGAAGAUAAAUUCCUAUCUUGAAUUACACAGUAAAAAGCAAGAAGUUCUUCAAGAGCAGGUGGUCUUGGUUGCAGAUCCUAAAACCGUUCAUGAGGAACCAGUUCAGAGUGUCCUACCAUCCCAGACUGUGAAAUUGGAGCCUGAGGACAAAUGGUACCUGAAAUCACAGCACCUUGAGGAUUACCGAAACAAGUCGUCCCAGAGAAAUAAAAUAAAACCCAACCAGAGUGUCCAAAGGAGAGCUUUCUCGAGGAAUGAUGGCCAACCACCACCAGGAAGAGCAGCAGAACCGAAGUCUUGGCACCACAGGCACCGCCAAAUACCAGAGUUUCAGACUGCUCCCAUGCAGGCAGUGGAGGAAGACAACAGCAGCGUACUUCAGCAUGACAGUAUUUCAGAUAUUUGCUUGAAUAACUUCCCAAAUUCAAGACAUUUUGCUAACCAGGAUCCCACACCUACCUAUCCUUUGCAUCCAACAUUACGUAAACUUAACCCAGCAGAGGUUAUAUCUGCAGUAUGUACCAACAAGAGGAACAAGAAAUAUCAGCGUGGUUCUCCAAAUGGACAUCGACAUGACCAGCAGCAUUUAUACAACCAUGCCACUGGCCAGCUUUUUGCAAGAGAUAACCGUUCCAAUGGUGCACAUCCAAAUCAGAGGAAUAUUUCAUCUACUUUUAAUGCCAAGUUUCAAGAAUUGGUGAAGGAUCAAGUAUCGCUUCGGCGUUGCAAGAAACACAGUUAUGCAGAUAAAAGGUAUCAGAACUAUGCUAUCAGUAGUUUAUGGCCUUCUCAAUCUUCUGUUCACGGUUCACCCACAGCCCUUUGUACAGCCUCCCAGUUUACACAGCUGAUGGAGCAGCAUCACCAAGAAAUCACUCAUUUGGCAGAAAAUCACUUAGCUGACAGACACGUGGUCAGCCGACUUCCACCUAUCGUCCCACAGACAGAAAGUGGUUCAGAGAGUGAUGAAGGACAUCAAGUGGAAAUAAGGCAAAGCGGCUCAGAAGAAUAUCUCCUGCAAGUGGAAAAGCAAAAACAGCGUAAGGUCAGAAAGAAGCUGUCUAGCUCCAAAACCUACGCAAAUCUGAAUGUGAAGCUUGGAGGCCUUGGACCCGACUAUGAAACAAUCAAAGAGAAAAAAGAGAAGUUGAAGCAACAAAAGGAGUAUGCACGGCAAAUUAAGGAACACAAUAUGAAAAGCAUUGCUUUGGUUCAGAGGUUACCUACUAAACCCCAGGUUGCAUCUUCGGUGUCAAGACGAAAGGCACUGGAAUAUGCAAAGAAGAUUCCUAAACCAAAGACUUUCACUGCAAGACAAUCAAGUGGAGAUGCAAAAAAGGAAAGAGUUCUGCCACAGACUUUAAAUGGAGACAGUUUACCUCAAAUUGCAUCCUUGGAAGCUCUGCAAAGUAGACACGAGAAAGAGAAGCAAGUUCUAGCUGCUCUCAGAAGCCUUCAUUUCUUAAAAGUGCCUUUUUGUAAUGGGAGGAGAGAGAGGGCAAAAAAGAAACAUUCAAGUCUCCUUGAAGGAGGCUUACAAUGGCAAGGCAAAGCUCAGGUGAUGCCGGAGGGAAGCCAGCGGUGCCGCGGGGCCCCCGACCCCCUCAGAGGCAUCGCUGCCUUCACCCGCCGGGGAGGGGGCUCCCUCCGCAUCAACACCUUCCCAAAACGUGACCCGCCCCCCUUCCCUCUGGGCUCCGGCAUUACUCAAGGCUGGGGA